CAGGGCCUGUAUUUGACCUGCAGUAUGCUACCAAAUUUAUAGAUAAACUUGAUGCUAAUCCAACAAAGAUUAUGAAAGAUUAUUCGAGAAAUUGUGGCUGGUUAUCUAGUAACCUAUUUCAAGCUAUUGGAAGGUUAAUUCUAGCUGGGCAUGGUUUGACUAGGUUUGCAGGGUAUACUGCUCGUAUAGUAGAACUUUUCGAUAUGCUGGAUGAUGUUAAUAAUAGCAGAUAUAAACGCACUAUUGUUAACAAAGACGCAAAUGAAGCUAAUAUUAGUAAAGUUGUGUCACAAAAUGACCUUGAUGGAAAACUUGUAGUGCAUAAUGGCAUUAUUAUUUUUGAAAAAGUCCUGAUCGUAACAUCUAGUCAAGAU